AUGCUGUUCAGUUCAAAACCAUUGAUCUUGUUGGUGCUUUGCUCUUUUUCCUACUUCGUCGUGAUCAGCGGUAGAAUCACGAGAGAGAUUGAUUCUUCCAGUUUAGAAGAUAGUCAUAAACCAAGACAAAAGGAUCCAUGUUGUACUGAUCGAACGAAAAAUCAAGAUGAAUCUGACAUUGAUUGUGGAGGUUUCAAUUGUCCUAAAUGUCGAGAUAUGCAAAAAUGCACUUCCCCCAAUGACUGUCUCAGUGGUAUGUGUAUUAAUAAUAUAUGUAUUCCAUCGCUUUCGUGUUGGGAUCAAAUUCGGAACCGAAACGAGACCGACAUCGAUUGCGGCGGCGGCGUUUGUCAGAAAUGUCAGGAUAUGAAGACUUGUAAUAUUCCAUCUGACUGUAUCAGCGGUGUUUGUAUAAAUAACAAAUGUAUUCCAUCGCCUUCGUGCCAAGAUCAAAUAAAGAAUCAAGAUGAGACUGAUGUCGAUUGCGGUGGUUCGAUUUGUCCUAAAUGCAGCAACGGUAAAGCUUGUAAUACCAGUGAUGACUGUUUAAGUGAUCAAUGUCGAGUUAAAUUCUGUCAGACAUGUUCAUUGGUUAGUUUCGAUAAUGGUGACUUUGAAUCCGGAACUACUUCUGGUUGGACUGUUGGUGGUGGUUUACGAUCAUCCAUCUCCUCAUCUGAAAUUUUACCCGAAUACUUUUUACCAGGUGGAACAUUUUAUAAUACCAGCAUCGCAACAUCACAUUCAUCAAUCGUCACUAAUGGAAGCGAUCCAACUCUCGGUAAUUUAAUGCCAGGUAUUGUCGAAGGAGGUCAAUACUCGUUUCGUGUCGAAGAUUUGGUAAAAGGAGGUUAUACAUCGGUGAUUAGUCGUCAAGUCAACAAUUAUUAUUGUUUGGAUAUUUAUUUUUCAUGGUUGGCUGUUUUACAAAAUGGAAACCAUUCGUCAAAUGAAUCAAGUUUAGUUGUAGUUCAAUUAAAUGAUUUAACUACAAAGGAAAGUUUAAUUUUACGUCGUUAUGAUGCUGGAGCAACAGGAAGCAGUGUUGAUAAUCGCUUUCAACAGAAAGAUAAUUAUUUUUAUACACCUGCUUGGCAAUCAGAACACUUAGCUAUCGAUAAUACUCGUUUUGGUCAUGAUUUCAGAUUAACGGUUCUUGCAGCAGAUUAUGAGCCAACUGACCAGGUUGGUUAUCUUUAUCUCGAUAGUUUCAGUGGUCUUUCACCAUAA